GCAACCUCGAGUACUCCUUUUGGGUACAAAACGCGAGAGGGGGAUGAUGUGAAUGGGCGAGAAUAAUUAAUCGGCGUGUGCCACCACCUGCGUCAGACCUGUCACAAGCGACCCCGACGCGUCGAGCGACGCAACACGAACCGCCGCCGGCGCUUUGUGUGCCGCCCCGCGAGUAAAACCUCUCCCGAGCGGCGAUCGAAUUUAUCAAAUAACUCGACGAGGUCUCUCUCUCUCUCUCUGUUCGUCUCUCGCCGCAAGUCGCCCGCUCGACAAAUUUACCUGCACGCGAGCCGCGACGCGACACGAGCACCGAUGGCUCUUCUGGACGAGAUCCGCAGCGCGUCCCUCUGGCGCGCCGCGUUCGCCGAGGCCGUGGGCACUUUCCUCCUCGUCCUCGCCGUGCUCGGCGCGGCCUGGCCCGGCACGACGGGAGAAGGGCCCUCUGCCGACGCCGCCUGCGGCUGCGGCUGCGUCGGUGGCGCGGCGGCCUCCCUGCCCGUGGCGCUGAGCGCCGCCUUCUCGUGCGCGGCGCUGUCCCACAGCCUGGGACCGGCGAGCGGCGCGCAGCUCAACCCCGCCGUCACGGUGGCCCUGCUGUGCACGCGCCGCCUUGGGGCCCUGCCCUCGGUGGCCUACGUGUUGGCGCAGUGCCUGGGCGCGGUCCUGGCGGCCGGGGUGGUUGCCCUGCUGCUGCCGGAACGGUCCGGCAGAAAGUACUUGGUCACGUCGAUUGGCAGCGAGGGCAACGCGGGGCAGGCGCUGGCUGCCGAGCUCCUCUGCAGCUUCCAGCUGGUGCUGAGCGCGCUCGCCGGGGAGGAGCACCGCGUGCGCCGCUCCGGGGAAGCGGGGCCGCUGCCCGUCGGGCUGGCACUGGGCGCCGGAAUCCUCGCCUCGGAGAAGUUCUCGGGAGGCAGCCUCAAUCCAGCGCGGUCGUUUGGACCAGCACUCGUGUGCGGAUUAUGGAAACACCACUGGGUCUACUGGAUGGGGCCUCUGCUGGGCGGCCUCCUGGCUGCCGCCGCUCACGACCUCGUCUUCUCGUCGGCCGCGAACCGCGACCGCCUCGUCGCGUGCGCCACGUGCCGCGACAUCGAGAUCACGGAGGCGCGCAGCGCGUCCCGCUCGUCGCUGGCGCCGCUGCCCGGCGUGGCCGCCGCGCCCGCGAUCCCCAAGCGCCACUCCAAAGUGUCCGCCGUGAAGCCCGAGGCGGAGGGAUGAGUCCGUGGGGAGGGCUCGCCGAUGGCCGUUAUGUGAUUAUUGUUAUUAUUAUUCGUCUGCUUUGUCAAGUUCGCUGCCCCGUGGGGGUUUUCUUCGCGGUGUGUUUUUUUUCUCCGGUAUCCUUCGCCAUAGCUCAGAGCUCGGUAACCAAAAUAACAAGAAAAGCCUUUUUUUUUUGUUCGAAUCCGGUCAAAAUGAAAAAAACUCAGUAUUUCAAGAGCCGCAAUGCGUGUGCGCCGCGUGCCGCGACAUCGGGACCGCGGAGGUGCACAGCUUGUCCCGCCAGUCGCUAGCGCCGCUGUCCGGAGCCGCCGCGCCCGCACUCCCCGUGGUCGUGUCGAUUAUCCUCCGGGUCCUCCGGUUUUUCCCGUCACAUUUAGAAACCCCAUGCGUUUGCAGUAUUCGGUUGCUAUAGAUUUGCACGUGAUGAGCCGCUUCGUUGAGCUAUCAUUUGUGGCCAGGACGCUUUUGCAAAAUUGUUAUAUAGCUCAGUGGGGCCUUACCUGGUCAAAUAAAAAAAAUAGUUUAUUUUGUAGUGUGAAACGAGAAGGGCCUGAUUGGCUCUCUGUGGCGUGGUCUGGGGAGCAUACGAUCAUGCACCUGACGGUGUUGUUAUAACUAGGGCACUUCUAAACUCCAGUGUUGGUGGGCAUCUUCCUGCUGUGCUCACAACCCGUGCACGCUCCUCCGCCACCGGUGAGCGAAUGUUUUUUUUGAGGAGGGAACGAGUCGGGCAGAGAGCGGCGUUUAUCGUGUAACGCAACUUUUUGCAAGAGAAGGGGCUUGUCAUUCGCAUUCUUUAUUUCAAUCAUCGCACGGCGGCUGACGAUGAGGCCGGACCAACUUCUUCAGCGCCUUUAUUUCCCCCCGGUCGUGGCGAUCGUUUUUACUGCUGGCCCAUUUGUUUUUUUUUUUGUUUCAAGUCGGGCCUCCUUUAGGCCGUCAAUCCACCCCUGGCGUGGACGGCCCCUUCUUCCUGCCCCCCCAACCCCCCCCACCCCCCCAACCCCCUCCACGUGGCAAUGCAAAGCCACCGAUGCCAUCCGUUAGUCUCCAUUCUCUGAUAGGUGCCCGCUGCGGUUCAUGUGAUGAAACUCCCCAAAGCCGCUGCGCUGCGUGGUGGCCAGUAGACGGCAGUAUGGCAAGCGGCUCUGUACAUCUUCUCGCGUGAACAAAAAAAUCCCUCCCAAUUGCAAAACACUUUGUGAAAACUAUUUUGGCCUAACGUGCUAGCAGAGGAUCCUGGUUAAACAAAAAACAUUCAAGACACUUCCCAGGAUAAAUGAAGAGUGAAAGUGCAGCGCUACAAUCGCUCGCUGCUUCGUGAAUGUAUUUAUUAUAUUUAGGAUCGUCUUGCAUUGAGUGUUUUUUUCCACAUUUGAAAGAAAAUGGCUUUUCUCAUUAUUGUGGUUGCCCACCCCUUGCAUCAGCAUAUCAAUCAAUGGAAUAUUUUUUUAACUUUUUUAGAUUAAAUACUGCGAAACGAAUUCGAAAAAUGCAUUUAAUUUAAUUUAUGCGAUCAAGAGUGACUGGGCUGACACCAUCAACUCCCUACAUUUGAGAACCUGGUUUAAUCACACGUGACUGUUUGGAUGCUAACCCUGGAUCUCAGUGGCUCUGACUCAGUGGCUCUGAACCUUCAACCGACGUAGUUUAUGAGCGCCCAUGUGGUCAACGUGCAUCACCCUCCCUGUGUCAGCGAGCUAACGACACUCACAGCAAACGCAAUUUGGUCGAUAGAUGCUCCUCCGUGAUCCACAUUUAAAUUUGGAUGCCACGUGGCUGUGAUUGUAUGCCAACAUUAUUGUCGUGAACCCUUCACCACCCGACAGCGUUGUCACGUUUGCAAAGAUAUGAUUCAUACGAUGCCCAUGUGCCGUUCAAAUUCUCACCAAUAAAGCUCCUCUUCA